AAUAAAGUGAUAUUGUUAUUUUAUUAGCCACUAAUUGUCAUGCUAUCGCUAAUCUCUAGAUUCGUGCAAAACAAAAUGUAACGCGCGUACUAAAAAACAUUUUUAAUAAUAAGCAAUGCUUAUUAAGCAUUAGCCAUCCUUUUUCAAUCUACAAAUUGAAACAUAAAUAACGAGAAAAACGCAGCAGGAUAUUACAGCAAGACUGCUACUGUAACUCAGGUGUAACAUAAAAAGUCGCAUGCGGAUUUAAAAUAAGGUUCGCCUUUGAAAUUAGAGCACUUCUUGGAGUACGUGGGUGCUUGUGUUCAUAUUAAAUAAUACCAAUAAUGUUAAGGGCUUAAAAAUUAGCUUAUACAAGUAGCUAUCCGAUGUGCAAAUAAUGAGCAAAGGCAUCAACAAAAGCAAUAAAUAUCGACUUAAGUAGCGAGAAUAACUCAAGAACGCGUACUUCCAAUUGGCAUCUCUAAAAUCUGUUGGACAGUUAAUAAACUCAGCUUGGUCAUGUUUUCCGAAGACAAUGAUGAACUGGACACUAUUGCAGAUGUCAUGGGGCUGCGAUCACAGGCUCGCCUUAACACUUUUCGCGAAAUGUGGUAUCAUGUCUUCCUCUGGGCACUCUUCUCCUCCAUUUUCAUACAUCUGUGUGCGGCUUUGGUAGCCUUUGUGACGCUGCGUAAACAUAAAUUUGGUCGAUUUUUCUCAAUACUGAUAUUGGUCAUGGGCUUUCUAUCGCCGGCCUCCAGCGGGAUCUUCAGUAGUGCAGUUAUCGCGUUUGUGCACCGGGCUUCUAGCCUCCCAAUGUCGCCAGUUUAUGCCAUGAUCUGGGGUCUGGGCCAGACCAUAGUAUCAGCUUGUCUGGGCUUCACACGUAUCCUGGCUACUCUAUAAAUUGUGCUGAGCCUGAGAACAGUAAGGAUUUUGUUCAUUGUAAAUCAACUUUCAUUUCUUAGCAUAUGUUAACAAACAUUUAUAAUCAAUCGACUUUAAUAAUUUAGAUUUUAUGUGUUAUCAGUCACUCUUCUCAUUAAUUUCCUUACAUAUAGU